AUAAUAUUCACUCGGUCGCCAAAGUUUCAGAAGUUAACUCUGACCCACCUCGAGUAAUGUCGAGCUACGGCACUUCUCCAAAAAGUGACUUUGCAAUCACGAGUGAAACUGCUUCCGAUAUUUCUGGUGUGUCGAAUUUUACCGACACUACCUCUAAUACUAUUUUAAUACAAGAUCAAAAUAGUACCCAUUUGGAAAACAUCGAGGAACAAAAAAUUUUUCACUCUAACACAUCAGUCACUGACAAUAAUUCCUUGAUUAAAGAUGAACAUGUAGAAAUGAAACAGAGACGUAGAAUUAAAAAAAUUAUAUAUCCAAAUUCUAAAGAAGAGAUAAUAUUUGACUCAAAUAUCUUUGACUCUGAUAUGAUGUACGCUGAAAAACGAACUAUAUAUGUAGUCAAAAAAGCAAAAUCUGAGAACGUUGAUCAAGUUACUUCAUCUACUAUCAUAAACAUUAAAAUUGAUGAACCUAUAUUAGAAACUAAUAAAUCAAAUAUCAUUUCUACUAUCGACAAAUCCUCAAAUUUGGCUGAAGUGAAUGUUAAACCUAGUAUUGAUAAUUUGAAGAAUCCAACAACUAAUGAUGUGUCAUCUAUUUCGGAUGAAAGAAAUCCAUCUGAGAGGAUAAAAAAUCCCUCCUCUGAAACAAAACGACGAUCUUUAUUAUUUGAGUGGCUUUAUCCUUCUGAUCCAUUGGAAAGUACGAAUGAAAAUGAUUUUACCAAGACUUCUGUUACUUCGUCGACUCAAAAUCUUUCUAGAUCUCCUCCAAAAAUUUCUCUGUCUCCUCCAAAAAUUUCUAAGUCUCCUCCAAAAUUUUCUAAAUCUCCUCCAAAAAUUUCUGAAUCUCCUCCAAAAACUUCUGAUUUAACUACUUCAACCACCAUUAACUCGUCUUCAACCUCGACCACUUCCGCUCCCUUAAAUAAUGAUCUACCUCCUUCAUCACAAGGCUCCACCAAUACUGACACAUCUCAAAAGUUUGGUUCUUCGAGUAAAAAGCCGUUUCCAUCUCGACAUCCAUCUCAACAUUCAAUUAUUAAGGACCCUCCAAAUCCAAUAGUUCAAACUUUACCUGAAAAUGGUUCUUUUUGGAGACGUUUCUUUGAUUCUUCUAGUAAUUCAGGACUUUCUAAAAUAAGUCAGAAAACUGAUCAUAAAUUAAUCACUAAUGUAUCAAUUUCAAGUGAAACAGAUAAGAAAGUAUCUAAAGUUGCAAUUUCAAGCGAGGUAGAUAAGAAACCAAAAAUUUCGAAUGAGAUAUAUAAAAAAUCAAAAGUUACAAGUGAAGUAGAUAAGAAAUCGAAAAUUUUAAUUUCAAGUGAUGUAGAUAAGAAAUCAUCAAAAGUUUCAAUAUCAAGUGAAGUAGAUAAGAAAUCAAAAAUUUCAAGUGAUGUAGAUAAGAAAGUAUCUACCUCUCCAAUUGUCUCGCCUAAACUAAAACCUUCAAUGGCUAAACCCGCUCCUGUAAGCAUCGUUUUACCAAAAUUUGAUGAUUUUGUUAUAAAUAAACCCGUGAAACAUCCAGAUUCUCCUGCCCAAAAAGCGCUUCAUGCUAUAAACUCUUAUUUAUUUCCACCUGACAAACCUUAUGAUGGAGCUUUGAACAAGUGGUUAGAUGAGUUAACUCGAUCAACUAUUGAUGUUAAGAAAAUUGCUAUCAUUGGUGUUCAUGGUUGGUUUCCUGCAAAAUUAUUAAGAGUCGUCGUUGGUGAACCAACUGGAACUUCUCCAAAAUUUUGUGAUAUGAUGGCUAAAGCUGUAUUGGGUUAUUUAUCUAAACAUAAUAUUUCUUUGCCAAGUGAAGCAAUCACUUGUAUACCACUCGAAGGUGAAGGAACUAUAGAAACUCGUGAAAAGUUAUUACAUAAAAAUUUAUUAUAUAACAAGACUUGGUGUGAAGCUCUGGCCUUGGCUGAUGUCGUAUUUGUGGCAACUCAUUCUCAAGGCACUCCUGUUGGUACUAUUCUCCUUUCAAGACUUAUCAAAGAAGGUCUUGUGAAUCCUAAGCGACAACGUAUAUGUUUUUUGGCUAUGGCUGGAAUUUCUCAUGGUCCGUUUCCAUAUUUAAAAGAUCAUUACAUAAUAAAGUACUUUGUGGGUAGAAAUCCUGAUGCUGAUGCUACUAGAGAGCUUUUUGAAUUUAUGGAUUCUGAAAGUGCUGUCGCCAAAAAAUAUCGUCAAGCUCUUGAUAUUGUGAUUCAGAAAGGCGUAAAACUGGUGUAUGUUGCUUCGAUGGAUGAUCAAGUUGUGCCACUUUAUUCUGGAAUAUUUACCGGAGUAGAUCAUCCGUCGAUAAUGCGUGCAAUUUAUGUUGAUGGUCCAUUAUACCAAGAAAAAGAUUUCUUGAUAAAUCUAAUUAUAUUCGCUAUAAAAUUACGAAAUGCUGGUAUAUUGGAUCAUGGACUAAUUACUCAAUUGAGUGAGGUUAUUAUAGGUUCAUUGUAUGGUGAAGGUCAUUCAACUUUAUAUAAUGAAAUUGAUGUUUACACACUCGCUGUACAGUAUCUUUUUGAAGUACCAUCAUUGAGAACAAGUGAAGCAAAGAUUAACAAAUUUCAAGCACAACCAAAAUAUAAUCCAUAUUUUUUGCCUUGGUCAGUUCGCGGUAUUUUGGAAGACAAAAAUGUAAUAAGAAAUCCACUUUUCGUAAAUGAGAUUACCAGAUUAAAGAAAUUAUAUGAAGAUUGGGAUCCUCCUUCAAGAGUAUUAAAAGAAUUAAAGUUUCGAUUAGAACCUUUUCGUGAUGCUAUUUUAGGAAGGUGGAAACUAUAA